AUGACACAGAUCGACUUAAUAGCAAUUAUAUAUCCUAAGGAGGGAAAAGCAGAUAGAGUUGCCGAACUCCUCAAUGAGAUAUCCCAAUACAUCAAAGCAAACGAGCCCGGAACAUUGAAAUAUGAGAUUAACAAGGAAGUUAAUAAAAAGUCUGGUGCUGAGGAAAUUAUUCUAGUGGAGAGCUAUAAAGAUAAGGCUGCGAUUACAGCUCAUGGGGCUUCAGAGGCAUUCAAGGCUUUUGGGAAGAAGUUGAUGGAUGAGGAUGUGAUUGCUAAGCCUAUGCAAUUGAAGUUUUUGAAGAAUGUCGGAGGGUUCUCUUCGAGGUUGUGA